AGUUAGCAAAGAAUAUUCCACAGAACGAAUGGUAACCACGUGCUCUUCAAUAAAUUCUAGAUCAAAUUUCCUGCUACUCUUUAUAAAAGAGGCAAGUUCUUCUUAUCCCACUCUAGCUGUGGAUAGGAUCAUUGGUUAGUCCUAAGAUUUCUCACAAGUCACUGUAAGAAGAUUGCUUGCAGCUAGCAGCAGAAUGAUGUCACCAGAGGGAGAAUCAUGGACAAGUUGGUUGUGUGACUUGGAACCAGAGGAUUGCAAUUUCCUCAAUGAAUCAGACACAAACUGGGCAGGUGAAAUUAGUUUCCCAUCUGAAGCACAGGAACAGAACUUGCAGAGAUCUUUCACUAUAGAUAGCAACCACUCUCACUCUACCACCACCUCCACCUUCAAAACAGAACACUGCAGCAGCACCAUGAGCAAUUCCUCCUCAGGGGAGGAUGAUAACACCACCUCUGAGAGGCCUUCCAAGACACUCAAGAUGUCAAAUGCUUCUCCCUCCUACAUUCUUUCGUUUAGCAAUGAGAAUCCAGCACAUAUAUUGAACUUUGAUUCUACCCUGAAGCCAAAAUCUAAGGCUUUGACUGUGAAUGUGAAUCAUCAUGGGAACAGGUCACUGGAAAGUCAAAAGAAGGAGACAAAACGCAAAGUACAGGAGGGGGAGAAGGCCAGAUCUCCUCACCAAGCUCAAGAUCACAUAAUUGCUGAGAGAAAGAGGAGAGAAAAGAUUAGCCAGCAGUUCAUUGCUCUUUCAGCCCUUAUUCCAGGCCUAAAAAAGAUGGAUAAGGCUUCUGUGUUGGGGGAUGCUAUACAGCAUGUGAAACAGCUCCAAGAGCAGGUGAAGCUACUGGAAGAGCAAAGCCAAAGGAAAAGCUCAGAAUCUGUGGUGUAUGUUGAGAAAUCUAAGUCCUCUGUAGUGGAUGAUGAUGUCUCACUCUCAGACACAUCCUCAAAUUCAGACAACUCUAAUAAUUUUUCACUGCCUGAAGUUGAGGCAAGGGUGUCAGAGAACAAAGUGUUAAUCCGAAUCCACUGUGAGAAACAAGAGGGGGUGCUGAUGAACAUACUCAAGGAGAUACAUAACCUUAAUCUAUCAGUGAUCAAUUGCAGUACCUUGCUUUUUGGGACCUCCAAACUGGACAUAACCAUCAUAGCAGAGAUGGAUGAUGGGUUCAGGCUGAGCGUGAAGGAACUGGCAAGAAAGCUUCGAGUGGGGCUCUUGCAAUUCAUGUAGAGGUUUUGUCAUUACCUGGCCCUGACUUUAAUGUAUUCGGUUAUGGAGUCAAUAAAUGUCCAUCUUCUUAGCAGUGUUGACAUGAACUAGAUAAUGGACCCGUUAAUUAUAGAAGUAGUUGAGUUGAGACUUGAGUAUCAAAAAAAAUAUCCACACAAAUUAAUAAAGAUGGGAUCUAUCAUUGGGAAAAGAGAUUGAUUGAGUGACCGCAAAAAUGCACUGCCAUGGAAAUGAGACACGUCUUGUCCUAACUUAGAAAACAUAAAUUUUCUCCUUAGAAAGUCAUAGAGUGGAUUAAUUUAAGUACUUAAAAAUUGAUCCACCUUGUAAGCCCUCUUUUCUCCUUUCUUGUUAGGCGUGUUUUAAGAGUAAGGUGAAGAAUAAUUUUUGGCUUCAAUCAUGUAUCAUAAGUUUGACUGGAAUAUGAUUCCUUUGCUGA